AUGCGUGCAUCUUUAAGCAAGUCGGAUAAUGCAUUGAGCAGUAAUACUAAUGUUAUUAAUUGUCGAUUUAAACGUCAUCAUAGUAUUGAUGAUGAUUAUUCUAUAAUACCAUCAUCAUCAUCAUCAAAUGAUGAAAAAAAAAUUCAUGUACAUUUUCAUCCUGAUUUAAUAUCAUCUGAUCAUCGUGUACCAUUAUUAAAUACAACAUCACAAGAAAUUAUACUUCAAAAAUCUUCAUUUUCAUCUGAACUUGUCAGAGUUGUAGAAUGGUUUAAUCAUCUUGAUAAUCGACAAAAAGAAGCAUUACUUCGAGAAUUAAUUAGUUCAUGUUCCGGUUCUCAAUGGCAUCUUUUAUCAUUAUUAACAGCUGAUAAUUGGCAUAGAAAUUGUCCAUCAGAUUGUUCAGAUCCAUUGGCACAAUUACCUUUUGAUAUAUCUUUUUAUAUUCUAUCAUUACUCGAUCCAAUAUCAUUAGCACGAUGUUCACUUUGGAAACAAAUAUUUAUUGAACGAUAUCAUCUUCGUUCUCGUUGGUUAAAUGGACGAUGUGAUGUUAAAACAUUUCAUGGUCAUAUUGAAGGAGUUUCUUGUGUUCAAUUUGAUAGUCAAACAAUUAUAAGUGGUUGUACUGAUGGUACAAUUAAAGUAUGGGAUAUGAAUACAACAAAUGAGAUUAUUACAUUAGUUGGUCAUUCACGUAGUGUCAGAUGUUUACAUGUUGAUGGUAUAAAUGAAGUUCGAUUAGUUAGUGGUUCGAAUGAUCGUAGUAUUAAAGUUUGGAGUAUAUCUAUUAAUCAAACAUGGUCAAAAUGUGCAUGUAAAUUAACAUUACUUGGUCAUACAGAUACUGUUCGAUGUCUUGUUGUUCGUGAUGAUAUUUGUGUAAGUGGUAGUCAUGAUAAUUCUGUUAAAGUAUGGAAUUUAACUAAUGGAUUAUGUUUACGAACAUUAAUUGAUCAUACAGAUAAAGUACUUUGUGUGCAAUUCAAUUGGGAUUAUAUUGUUUCAGGUUCAACAGAUAAAACAAUCAAAAUUUGGCGUUAUAUAGAUGGUAUUUGUUUACGUACACUUUCAGCUCAUAAUGGUUCAGUAACAUGUUUAUAUUUUGAUCAACAACAAGAUUUAAUUGUAUCGGGUAGUCUUGAUUAUGAUAUACGUUUUUGGCAUUUAUCUACAGGUGAAUGUUGUCAAAAAAUUGAUUGGAUAUCUAAAGAAGGUCAUCGUGGUGUUAUUCGAGCAUUAAAAGCUGAUAGUUGGCGAGUUGUUAGUGGAGCUGAUGAUAAGACAAUCAAAGUAUGGGAUAUACGAACAGGUGUUCGAUUAUGUACAUUAAAAAACCAUACAGAUGGUGUUACAUGUCUUUCCUUUAAUGAUUAUCUUAUCGUAUCGGGCUCAUUCGAUGGCAGUGUUAAAUUAUGGAAUUUUCGACCCUAA